UCGCGGUGUAUUCUGGGUAUUUAGGACGAUGAGGAAAGGAGAUUGAUUGACCACUUUGUUGAGCGGCUGGUUUAGCAGCUGUCCUCUUGAGUCCGUACAUGUGUUCUGGAAUAAACGUCAUGUAACAGCAGCAGGGUAGUUCACUCCAUUGUUUAAGACAGACACCGAAGAGAGCAAAGAUGGGUGGCGAAAACGUGAGUUUGGUCUUUAAACUGUACUGCCUGACUGUGAUGACACUGGUGGCUGCUACGUACACGGUGGCGUUACGGUACACACGGACCAUUUCAUCAGGAGACCUGUACUUUUCAACCACCGCAGUGUGCCUCGCAGAGGUCGUUAAACUGGUAAUAAGCCUGGGGAUGCUAGCAAAAGAAUCGGGUAGCGUGGUCAGGCUAAAGAACACGAUAGUGGAACACAUCUUCUCCAGUCCUAAAGAGCUGCUGAAGCUGAGCGUGCCCUCUGUAGUGUAUGCAGUACAAAACAACAUGGCCUUUGUGGCUCUGAGUAACCUUGAUGCUGCAGUUUAUCAGGUGACCUAUCAGCUGAAGAUCCCGUGCACGGCCCUGUGCACAGUGCUCAUGCUGCACCGCACUCUCAACCGUCUGCAGUGGUUCUCAGUCUUCAUGCUCUGUGGUGGAGUUGCACUCGUCCAGUGGAAGCCUGCAGAGGUCACUGAAGUCCAGGUUGAGCAGAAUCCUGUAGCCGGAUUCGUUGCCAUUGCUGUUGCUGUCCUCUGUUCGGGAUUUGCAGGCGUGUACUUCGAGAAGGUGUUGAAGAGCUCGGAUACAUCUCUGUGGGUGAGGAACAUCCAGAUGUACCUGUCUGGCAUUGUGGUCACUCUGCUUGGCGUUUACAUGAAUGAUGGGGACAAAAUCCAGGAGAAGGGCUUCUUCUAUGGUUAUACUCCAUGGGUGUGUUUCAUAGUGUUUCUGGCCAGUGUUGGUGGUCUUUACACGUCGGUGGUGGUGAAGUACACCGACAACAUCAUGAAGGGCUUCUCUGCAGCAGCAGCUAUUGUGCUUUCAACAGUCGCUUCCGUCGUAUUAUUUGGACUCCAGAUAACAAUCACAUUUGCUUCUGGUGCAAUCCUCGUCUGCGUUUCCAUUUAUCUGUACGGACUUCCAAAGCAAGACACAUCCAGACUGAGCCGGCAGGACAGAGACACAGAUGCAGAAUCCAGACAGAAGUUGAUCAACGUGUGAAUCAUAAACUCGUGGGAAAAACGAGUCGAGCAGUGGGAGCAGGUCUCGUGCUUUUGGAAAAGCUGCAGGACUCCAUGAACGGGAGCAGAAUACAGACAUGUUUUCCAGGGAAGCACUAAGUUGGGCCAACUUCCUGUUCGAUCCUUCCCCCGUCCUACUAGUGUAAGAUAAGACGAUGGGGAUGUGAAACAACACAGUAAAUUAUGAGGUAAUUUAAGGUAAUUUUGCAGGUCUUUCAGUGAAGGAAAAGUAUCUGAAGUUUUUACAAGUAUCCAUCCAACGUGUCUGGCAUGAACGCAACUUUAUUUUUACCACAUGCCGUUUUGUGAUUUCAGUGUUAUUUUACUAAAUCAAACAUGCCGGAUAGAAAACGCAUGUUUAACUUUGAUUUUACACUUAAGACUGUUUUAUUUAGAAAAUACAAGGCUGUGUAUAAAGUACUUAUGAGCUCCAAACAGUA